AUGAAGCUGGAGGUGUCGCCGAGGCAGAGGACCCAAGAAGCAGAGCAGAACGAGGGCCCCGAGGUAUGGAAGCACCCGAAGCAGCUCUGCGCUAGUCUGGGCUACGGGGAGGAGGAGGAGGUGCCACGGCUCGUGCCGCCGCUCAACUUCGGCAUGGUCGGGGUUCCCCGACGCGGCCAACUUCCGGUUCCUCGCGUCCCUCAACCUGCGCUCCGUCGUGUACCUGUGCCCGGAGCCGUACCCGGAACAGAACGCGCGGUUCCUGGGGCGCAGCGGGAUCAAGCUCCACCACUUCGGAAUCCAGGGCCGCAAGCAGACGUAAGAAACCAUCCGGUGCUCAUCCACUGCAAGAGAGGCAAGCACCGUACCGGCUGCGUGGUGGGCUGCCUGAGGAAGCUGCAGAAGUGGCGCCUGUCCUCCGUCUUGGACGAGUACCUGCACUUCGCGGCGGCCAAGGCCAGGAAAACCGACCAGAGGUUCAUGGAGCUCUUCGACACGUCAAGCUUGGUGCAUCUGCUGGCCUCGCAGUGUUGA